CCUACCAGGCCUACAUUUUUAUAUUGGCUGUUUCUCGAAAGGUGUUUUGAUAAAUGGAGAAAAACAAGUUGUGCGCUUGUUUUUCCAGUUAUAAUAUAUUCUGCGAGAUAAAUCAACUGGCAUGUAUAUAGGCCAAUAAUGUUAACUGUUGAAUUAAGGAAGUCAAUUUUCCUACCUGGACCUAAUUAAGCGCGAAAUAAGCUUCAUGGAAAUGUCUGCUUGCAAGAAAACCACUGUAUGUGACGAAUAUGUAAUUUACGAGCUAUUUAUUUGUGUACUGUCAUUUAUUUAUAUAUUUAACCGAGGAAGAGGUUUUCCUUUCAAACCUCCCGCUCAUCUGGGCCAUUGUGGUCCGAGGCCGCCUGAACGAGCCGGAAAGAGCGGUCUCCAUGGAAACCUCGAGGCACAAACUUUUUUUUCAGUCGAUGUCAUAGACAGUCUAUGGUCGAUGUCAGUAUUUCACAAAUAUGAAUGGAGAUAGCGACUACAGCAAAUACGAUUUGGCACGCCUGCAGGAAGAACUUGAGCAAGAGAGGGAAAUGAAAGAAAUGCUUGAGGAGUCGGUGUCUGAUCUGCGGAGCACCAUGUGUGAACUGCAAGAAAGACUGCAUAGUGUUGAUGGGGAAGGAAAUGAGUGGAAGACAAGGUAUGAGACACAGACUGAGCUAAAUGGACAGUUGGACAGACAGAUGUCACUCAUUCAUGAGAGACUGGAGGACCUACGAGGAAACCCCAUGGAUCGAUUGGCCUCCAUCCGAAUUUAUGAUGACAUGCCGGUAGAAACAUUGAGACAGCGUCUGAAGCUCCUGACUGAAGAGAAGUCUGACCUCCAGAGUCAGCUGAUGGACUGUCGCAGCAGAAUUGAACAGGAAAGAAAGGCAUUUCAUAAAACCAAUGAUGAGAGGCGGGCAUACCUUUCAGAAAUUGCUAAGCUGUCCUCCACCCUUGAAGCCCAACGAAAACAGUACUCCGCCCAGCCACAGAGGGCACCCAAGAGCAAACAGAGGAGAGAGAGGCAGACCAGCAGGAAGGCAGAGGCUGAUUCUAAGAAAGAAAAAGAGAGAGAUGAAGAUGGAGGAGGAGCGUGUUUGAAAGUAGGAGGUGGUGGUGGUGGACCAACAGCAGAGAGAAGAGAAGAGAAGAAAUCUCAAAGGGGGAGCUGCUUACCCAGCCUAAAGGACUACCUAAAACACAAUCCCUAACUCAAACCUGGUGUUAUAACCCUUUUUUUUUAAAAGAGGGAACCCCUCUUCUGGGUAUGCUGGAAUGAUUGUAGUAGAAAAUUGCCAUACCCAUAUGUUUUCAGUACAAGAAUGUACUUAUAUGCUUCCUAUGGCUUUGUUUCCAUUUCUCAAAGGCUGAUUGUGAGGAAACAUAUGCUGUUCCUAUGUAAUUUGAUCAGUUACACUUUACUUGAAGGUAUCUACAUAAGAUUGACAUGACACUGUCAUGAACGUGUCAUAAACAUUAUAAACAAGUCAUAAAUGUUUAUGACAUAACGUUCUGUCAUUACGUGUCGGUUGUUUUUUGUCAUGACAAGUUAUGGUUAGGGUUAGGGUUGUGUCAUGUGUCAUGACAGUGUCAUGUCACUCUUAUGUAGAUACCUUCAAGUAAAGUGUUACCAGUUGAUCUACUCAUAUGCCACAGUCAGUAUUGCAAUUCAGUGAUUAUUUUACAAUUGAUGGCAAAUACAGUGGUAUAAAAUGUUACAUUAAUGAUUAA